UCUCUCUCUCUCUCUCUCUCUGUAUUCUUAUAAUCUUAUUUCAGAAAAGAAAGAGGCGAAAAGCAGUGUUAAUCCAAAUGGCAUCUGGUCUAAUUCUCUCCUUCCGGCCGGCCGUCAUCCGUGCUUGCGCCACACCAGGAGGCGACAGGCGGUCGGAGGGGCGCGGGAGGAGCAGCGGCACCUGGUGGACCCCGCUGUUCGGGUGGCCAUCGGAGCCGGACUACAUCUCCGGCGGUGGGCCGGCGCCGGUGGAGACCGGUGCGGAAGAGGGGAAGCGGCCUCCAGCGCGGAGGUUCGCGGCGUUCACGGAGGAAAAGGCGAGAGAGCUGCGGAUGAAGACCAUGGAGAUGGAGACCUUCCAAGACGUCAUGUACCAUUCCGCCAUCGCCUCCAGGCUCGCUUCCAAUCUCCCACUCCGCCGAUGCGCCAGCUAGUUUGGCAAGAGUAAAUAAUUUCAUUUUCUCAGCGUCCGCAAAUUCGUCGACCAUGAUUACGAGAGAAAGCCGAUGCACACACUUUCUCUCGCUGCCCCCUCUGUUUUCUUUCUUCUUUUCUAGAAAAAGAAUCCUUGUAUGCAUGAAGGAAGAAAUAAUGAUAAUCCUUUGCUUCGAAGGCCGUUAUUUUUCUCCAAUAUAAUGGACCUUGAAAGUCUAUGUUAGAGUUCGUCGAACUGCUACCAGCUGUCAAUCGGUACGAUUCGGACAUUCAAUUAGAAAUAUGGGCAAAAAUAAAACGAGGCAGAUAAAAAAAGAGGGAGAGAUAGAGAGAAAGGAGAAAAAAAAA